CAGUGGUGAACGGUGCAGCGACGGGGAAGCUUGGAACCAAGUGCUUGUUUUGCUUGUCCGAGCUAGGACGAGCGCAAGAACGGGAGGUUCUAGACUUGGUGGAAGAAAUUUUGAUCCCGGAACUACAAACCGUUAGUACGUGGCAGGACGAGGACAAUACGGGAGAGACGAAGAUUGCGGAAACUCUAGUGACUGGGCUGAACUUCUUCGGACCGACGGAGCCGUACUUUAGGUCGAGCAUCAUCUUGAACUACGUCCAGCAGAGCAGUUACUUUAGUCGGAAAAUGGCGCGAGUGGUUCGUUGUCUAUGCGAAUUCUACAAGGCGGACGUGGCUUCGCAUGUCCCAGUCAACGAGCGUGCUCACAUGAGUCCGCAGUUCGUCUGUCUGUUGAAGCAUUGUAUUUACGAAAAAGAAUCAAUUUCCACUACAUUUUUUUCAGGAAACGACUCUCUAGGAAUCAUAUCAAUCGGGCUUGAGAAGUCUGUGUCAGCGUAGUAGCAAACGACUACCGGAGGUCCCUCUAAUGCACCAGUGUAGUUUCUUCCACCUUUUAAUAUCCUUCAUAAUUAGCGUAGUAGCAAACAACGACUACCUGUAUUAGAAUCUAAUGCACGUCCCACCUUUUAAUAUCCUUUAUAAUUGUCAACGUAGUAGCAAACAACGACUAUUAGAAUCUAACGCACGUCCAACCGCAGCAUGGCGACUCUGCCAAUCGCAAGAGAGACGAUCCCUGACAUGCUGUUCCGCACUUUUCAGGAGAAGCAAAUCGGCACUGAGGAAACUGGAGACAGGCGAAAGAUGUUUAGCGACUACAUGCGAGUCACUUGUUUGAUGAUUGCGUACGCCCCGGUCGAGUCGGUGCGGGUGUUGAUGCCAUGUCUCGAAACUUGGGCAGCCAUGGUGCAGCAACUGUCUCGGGUAGCCUCGAUGGCCGAUAUGCCCCUGCCCACGUGCGGAAUGAUAUCCUUGUUGAUAGAUGCGAUUGCCAGUAUGUGUGCUCAGAGCACGGAGGCUCUGAAUCUCAUAGCAUCGAAACAGAAGACAGAGGCUGGGGUGAUCGAACGGCUGUUGCCAUACACUAUCGAUCUUAUCAAUCAGCAGAUCGCGGAACCUCGUUUGCUAUCAGCAGGGUUGAGGCUGUGGUAUUGUAUUCCGAGUAUAAUUUAGUAGUACAUUCAAAGUUAUAUACAAGGUUGUGGUAAUAUUCCAACUAAUUAUUUACAUUCAGAGUUGUUAUAAUAUACAAGUGGAGGCUGCACGUAGUUGUACUAAAUCACACUACAACUACUGCUAAUUUACUGCUACAAUAGGUGUAUCAUUGAUUCUGAAGCAUGCUUGUUACAGGUGCAUCAUUCUGAACCAUUCUGCCCGUUUGCGCGACUUGUGGAUUGAGGACGUUAUUCGUGCCUCUGCUGAGAAGCCAGCGGGAGUGUUAGAACUUCUUUUGCCGUAUAUGGGUGGCAAAAAGUACAAAGCAUUGUACGAUUACUGUGCCACAAUAUUGGAAAAUGCUGACGGAAAGGGAAGUGGCGAACAAAAGCAGGUCAUCGUUUAAGGCUGUGAUUGAUUAAUCCUUUGAUUGCGCGUUGUCUUCUCAACGGGUGAGAACGUUUGGUCCAGUUCUUUUUCGAGAAUCCUUCUCGAAGAACGGCUUUGCCUGCGAUGUCGUCCACGAAAUAGAUUAUUACCUAAGUACAAACUACUACCACACUAACCGUCCGCAAUUUACCUACGAACAACACUAGCUUUUCUCUAAAUCACGACACCACCGCUAGCCAUGUGCUACAACAUGUUUGCGCAUGAAGCGUUUAUUUCACUGGUCGAAUUUGUCAAAGUUUUCACCUCGCUGGCCAACGAAGACGCAGUGUGCGAUCGCAUGAGCGAGAUUCUCAACUCAAAGGGACGCGAGAAACUGCUGUUUUUAUGGUGUACUCCUUUGCGAUGUACUGGAUGUACUGGAUAGAAGAUGAAAAGGUGUCUUUCUAAUCUCUUCCUUGCUCAGUGUCCCCGACAGCUUCGUGCAAGAGGCUGUAAUGGGAUGUAUUAGGUGCGUGAGUCUUGAUGAACUGGAAGAGGAAGAGAUCGCAUUUCUGGUGGAUAUGCUGGACGUAUCCAAACCCGGCCAAAAGAUCCAGAGCGGGCUAUUGCAGGCUGUGCUGAAUCAGCUGCGGUUAAGGCCAGGAAGUAGUCUUUGUCAUCCGCUGCCCGUUUUGGUGCGUUUGGAACGAAGAAAACUAAUUUUAAUUGGAUGAAGCUGAAAGGAUACCCCACAUGCCCUCGUCUUAAAUAAUGCCUAAAACCCACUCAUUGCGGUUUCCUCUAAUCUCCGCAUUAUGCGUUGCGGAGGGUAGUGUGGCGAGCCAGGUUUUUCGAUCAAGAUUCGUCGAGAAGACAAGCAAGUAUGUCUUCGACAUCCUGGCAAAGAAUAGCAACAUUGUGACGUAUUCAAAAGCCGACGCCGACGUGAAAGCCAAGCUGAAUUUCGCAUGUCUUUAAGGGUGAUUUAAGCACGGUCGCAGACACAGUAGGAUGCUUUUGCUCAUCCUUUUUCACACAUGCUUACUAGGUAACUUUCUUUAAUCGAGAUCAGCUUCGUCAGGAUAGGCGGGUCUUCUCUGAAUAUUCCAUAUGAGUCUCGUAGAGGUGUGCAGUAACCAGUUCUAAUACCCUGAUUUCUUGCGCGCAGUGUCAGCCAGCGCAGCGAUGCGGACGCACCUACGAGCCCCGCACCUAUCUGUCGAUGCACUCCCGACGCUGCUGAAAACCGAAGAAAAUGUGGUUAUGAAAAUAGUGCCACUCUUCACUUUUGUUUGGUGUGGGUCAGUAUUUCAAAAUUUUUCUUUGAAGUAGUCACCAUUUUGACGUUAGAGAUCUCUCGUGUUGUUCCUCUCUACUGCCCAGCGUUCUCAUUGAUGAAGCAUCUAAUCCAACCGACAUCAUGGACCAAGAUAUCUUCGUGGAGCGAACCUGGUCAGGCCGAAAUUUGGAGGCGCUUUUGGCAUGUCUCUCCGGACCGAGCAAGCUGACAGCAAAGGGGAAGCAGGCUUUUCGAGUCUUCGUUCGCAUUGCGGAUGUGCUAGAGGGGAGACCUGACAGUGUGGAGCCGGUACAACUUGUUCUCAAUGGCUGGCUUAUAGAGUCGUCUUCGUUUUGUUUUUUGAUGUCUUAAGGUUUUUCCACACCCUCACCGACCUUUUUACUCCUGGCAAAGCUCACCAACAUCUUCACAAAUUAUCAUAGCUAAGCGAAAUGAAGCACGACGUGAUUGAUGGCCGGCUGUACGUCGACGUUUUGGCUUUGCGAGAGAGGGAGAUGUUUCAGCCGGAAGGCAUCUACGACCUAAUGCGCCGUCUGGACGACCAAGAGUGGGAAGACCGAGUGGCGCAGCAUCAGGCCUUCGCAACGUUUCACGGGCUAGACAUCAUGCUCAGCUACCUAGAGGGUGAACUAGCAGGGAAAGGAGAGGAUUAUGGUGGAGUAAGUAGCAUCAGUUCUUCCAUAGUAUAGCGUAGUCCUAAGUAUAGCAUUAUGGUGGAGUAAGUAGCAUCAGUUCUUCCAUAGUAUAGCGUAGUCCUAAGUAGCAUCAGUUUAGUCCUAGUUUAGUCUUCUUCGAGUACUUAAGUAGCAUAGUAUACAGCGUAGUCCUAAGUAGUUGUAAUGGGGAUGAAAUUAAGUAGCUGGCGGAAGUCGUAGAGUUCCUGCUAUUCUGUUUGACCGCUUGAUUGCACCGUGUCAUUCUUGACCCCAACCUACCCAUCCUGUUUGACCGCUUGAUUGCACCCUCUCAUUCUUGACCCCAACCUACCCAUCCCUACAAACCUCACACACCAAAAAAGCAUACCUCGUCCACCACAGCUUCCUCCUCUGCUAAUCCCUCGAGAAAACAGAAGCAGCAUGGGAGUUCGGUCGAAUGGUGUAUGAAUUCGGGGACAAGUUGUCGGACGAAGUCGCACAACUCGCGAAGGAGCAGAGGGAAAGAGAAACCGCUGAAGAGGUCAUCUUCGAGGAUAUGGAGGCUGUUCUGGCGUCUGCGAAAAACCGCGACAACGUGGAGACGAA